GUAAAUUCGCGAUAGCCGGCCUAUUUCUAAUCAAUUUCUUAUAUUUUUAUGUUUUAAUAAAUAUAAUGCAGACUAUUAUGAAUUGAUCAGACAUGUGCAAAUGUUGUUGAAAUAAAGUUCCAAAAUGGAUCAUUGUGAACAGAAAGUAAGAAAAAAGGAUCCAAGGGAAAGGACGAAUUUUUUGUCAAAGUAUUCUUUUUUCUAUUUAGUUUCCUUAUUCAAAAAAGGUUUUAAAAAGGACUUGGAAGAUGAACAUCUAUGUGAAGCUAUAUCUAGCUGCAACUCAUCAAAAUGUGGUAACAACAUAGAAUUGCAAUGGAAAAAAGAAAAGGAAAAAAGCAACCCCACUGCACUUGGUUUGCUCAUAAGCAAAUUUGGAAAGGAAUACAUGAUUUUAGGAAUUAUCGACUUGGUCUACCAAAUAGUUAAUUCUCAUUUGGAACCCGAAGCUGUUAGCAACCUUAUAGGUUACUUCAGCCCCAAUCCAACUAUCACACAAGAACAGGCAUAUUAUAGUGCUGGAAUGGUAUUAUUUCUAAACAUAUUUAGAAUAAUAUUCUUCCAUAACUAUACUUUAAUUCUACAACAGUUUGCAUUAAAAGUGCGAACCGCAUAUUCAUCGUUGAUAUACAGAAAAGCAUUAAAGCUAUCACCUAGCGCCUUAAACGAUAUCAGUUUAGGUAAUAUUGUCACAAUUAUUACAAAAGAUGUAACUUCCUUUGAAGAAAACGUUUGGACCAUCAACGACAUGUGGGUUGGGGCUGUUCAAUCCGUUUAUGUUUCUUAUUUGGUGUAUAGCAAAAUGGGGCCCACCUCUUUGAUUGGACUAAGUUUGAUGUUUUUGGUUUUUCCUUUGCAAAUGUAUUUUGCCAAAGUUGUGAUGAAAAUGAGGCUCAAAAUGAACAAGAAAACCGAUGAUAGAUUACAAAUUAUGCAAGAAGUAUUAUCUGCCAUUAAAAUAAUAAAAAUUUAUACUUGGGAAAAAUUCUUUGAUAACAAAGUCACAGAAGCAAGACAUGAAGAAUUAAUGAUAAUGUUGAAAACAUUUUACAUAAGAGUGGUAGUGAUUCUUAUCGGUCUGUUUUCUUCGAAGGUGUCAUUUUAUUUUCUUAUAAUGGUUUAUUUAUGGUUUGGUUACACUACAAAUGUGGAGAUGGUAUUUUAUGUGCUUACAUGCCUUGAAGGAUUGAGAAGUAUAUUGGCUAUCGAUAUACCUUACGGUCUUUCCAGAGGAGCUGACAUGUAUGCAGCCCUCAUAAGAAUCACAAAAGUCCUUAACGCAGAGGAAAUUAAAGAUUAUGACAGCAGCGACGAUACAAAUAAACCCCUGAUAGAAUUAAAUAAUGUAUCAGUUCAUAUUAAAGACAUCCAAAUACUAAAACAUAUCAAUCUUAGAAUAUCCUCAGGUUUAACUUUAGUUUCCGGGACUGUUGGUUGUGGGAAGAGCUCUCUAGUAAAAACAAUGCUAAGAGAUUUUCCAUUAAAAGAUGGCACUGUCAACGUAAACGGCAGCAUAUCCUACGCCUCGCAGGACCCCUGGUUAUUUCCAUCUUCAGUGAAACAAAACAUAAUAUUUGGUCAGAAAUACGAUCACAGGAGAUACCAUGAAGUUGUGCGUGUAUGCGCUUUGGAAUAUGAUUUCAGCCUUCUCGAUCAUGGCGACGAGACGAUUGUGGCCGACAAAGGUUUAAAUUUGAGUAAAGGACAACAAGCCAGAGUUAACUUGGCCAGGGCAGUCUACAAGGAUAGCAAUAUUUACCUGUUGGAUGAUUCUCUAACAGCUUUGGACGCCAACAUUCAAGACUAUAUUUUCAACGAGUGCAUCGGAGGUUUUUUACAAGGUAAACUCGUGAUUUUGGUAACACAAAAUGUAAACCAUCUUAAAUUAGCCGAUAAUGUAUUAAUCAUGGAUAAUGGUGUUGUUAGUUAUUUUGGAGAACCGCAGGAAAAAAUUGCGUAUAUUAUGGAACCUAAAACCGAUAAAAAAAGUAAGUCGAAGGAAGAAAUAAUCGAAGAUGAAAAAGACGUCGAUGAAACCAAAGAAACAAAUGAUAAUGAAAAUGAAAAACAGCAUGUUUACCAAGAAACUAAAAGAUCAGGUGGCGUUGAAUUAAGGACCUACACUAAAUACUUUAGAUUCGGCGGAGGAUAUUUGGUUCUAUUUGGAAUUAUAAUUUUAUGCAUAAUAGCUCAAACAACUGAGAGUUAUGCUAGCAAUCUAAUAACUAGAUGGGUUGACGAAAAUCAAAAAGCUGUAGAUCUAGAAGGUUCACAAAACACGUCGGAAUAUGAAAAAAGUAUUGCACAAGCUAAUUUUACAAUAAACAUAUACUCGGGGACCAUAUUUUUAUCAAUAUUUAUGGAUUUGAUAAGGGUAUACUUUAUGUUGAAUGUGGCAAGAUUGGCUUCGUUAAAUAUCCAUAAAGCUAUGACAUCAUCGAUUAUUAACUCCGUAAUGAUAUUUUUUGACAAUCAUUUUAUCGGGAAUAUUUUGAAUAGAUUCUCGCAGGAUUUAAGUAACGUGGAUGAGCAAGUCUCCAAUAUUCUUUUGGACAUUAUGAUAAUUAUUUUUGAAACAUUUGGCAUCAUAUUUAUCAUAACAUCAGUAAACUGGAUAUUCUUUAUGCCAGCCGUAAUAUUUAUAGUUAUGGCUUUUGUUUUAAGAUAUUUAUACAUGCCAGCAGGAAGAAGUCUUAAAAGACUCGAAGCAAUGACAAGAAGUCCUUUAAUCGGCCACUUGAACUCUUCAUUGGAAGGACUUACAACCAUCAGAGCUUACAGAGCUCAAACCAUCCUGAAAGAUGAAUUUGAUAGGCAUCAAGAUUUGUUUACUUCUGCUCAUUUUAUGAUGAUGUGCACUUCAAGAGCUUUCACGUAUAUCGUAGACUUAUGUUGUACUAUACUGUUAAGUUUUAUUGUUGUACGAUUCCUAUUCUUUGAGACAGAUACUUCGGCUGGAGAUGUUGGUUUGGUUAUAACGCAAGUGAUGUUACUAUCCGACCAAGUACAGUGGGGUAUAAGACAGUACGCUGACUUGGAAAACCAAAUGACUUCAGUUGAAAGAGUUCUGGAGUAUACUGAAAACAGAAAAGAAGUCAAAGAAGGCGUUAAAAUAGAAAAUUGGCCUCAAGACGGUCAAGUUAGGUUCAAAAACGUAUCUUUAAAAUAUGGAAAUGGUGAGAGAGUACUGCAUGAUAUCAGCUUUGUAGUUGAAGCAAAGCAAAAAAUAGGAAUUGUUGGGAGGACCGGAGCAGGAAAAUCCUCUAUUAUAUCCACACUAUUUAGACUUUAUGAUAUAGAGGGCCAAAUACUAAUAGAUAAUGUCGAUACUAAAACUUUAAACCUUGAUUUUUUAAGACAAAGUAUCGCUAUAAUCCCUCAAGAUCCUGUCUUAUUUUCUGGUACUAUGAGAAGCAACAUAGACCCAACUUACCUCUACACUGACGAACAAAUCUGGGAAGUCAUAGAUAAAGUUAAACUUAAACCAUUAGUGCCAAGUCUUGAACUCGUUAUUUCAGAAAAAGGCUCCAACUUCAGUUCAGGGCAACGGCAAUUAAUUUGCCUGGCUAGGGCCAUCAUAAGAAAAAAUAAAAUCGUAGUUCUCGAUGAAGCGACUGCUAAUAUGGACCCAAAGACUGAUGCACUGUUACAUGAUACCAUAACCGAAAAUUUCUCCAACUGCACAGUAUUUAUUAUUGCACACAGGCUGCACUCAAUUAUAGAUGCAGACAAAAUUUUGGUGCUUAGCAAAGGCGAAAUUAUGGAAUGCGAUUCUCCGAACAAAUUGCUAGAAAAUAAAGAAGGGUAUUUUUCAAAAAUGGUUGAGAAAUCGAAGAUUUAGGUAUUUUCUGUGAAAAUGUAUUUAGUUUAAUAAAUUAAAUGAAUUUG